AUCUGCAGGAAAGGAGAAAGAUUGCUGCCAAAUGGGAACUAUGUGCAAUGGAACUUGGAAAUGGAUUCUUACAUGGAGAAGGAAGUUGCUCGAAAGGGAAGAAGAGGGUGCAACGGAACUCAACACGUUGAUCGAGGGUGUGAAAAUAUCUCCUGGCCGGCCUGAUGAAUGGGAGUGGAUACACAGCAAGGACUCCCGUUACUCAACUAAAACAGCGUACUCACUCUUGACAAAGGUGUCAAGGUGUCCGAAUCAAGAAAAAGUCUUCAGGAGAAUAUGGAACCCCAACCUGCCAAACAAGAUCUCUGCUUUCAACUGGCAACUGCUGCUCAAUAGACUUCCAACCAAAUCCAACUUGCUGAAAAGAGGAUUAGGCGUGAUCAUGGGUGAUGGCAAUUGCAACUUGUGUCAAGAAGAGGAAGAAGAUGCAACCCAUCUGUUUCUGAAAUGCAAAAAUGUAAGAUGGAUAUGGAAGGAGUGUGCUAGGUGGUGGGGGAUCAAUAUAGAGACACAAGAGGACUGCUGGAAGACUUUUGAACAACUUGGGGCGUGGACCAGAAACAUGAGGAUCAUAAAAGGAUGGGACUGCACCUGGAGUGCAAUAGUAUGGUCCAUUUGGCUUAUGUGGAAUCAAAGGAUUUUCCAGAACCAUGAGAUGAACUCGGGUAAGCUAUUCGAACUGGUUCAAAUUCGAUCGUUCUUAUGGAUUAAAGCAAAAAAAGCUUGGUGUUACUUUACUCUUUCGGAUUGGUUAAGCAAUCCUAUUGCAUGCCUCACUGUGAAUUGUGGUGGUAAAUGCUAGGGAGGAAUAGUCUGAAAGAUGGAAUUAACAUUAAGUGGUUGGGUUUUCUGUUGUUUGUGUAAAUGCAUAGGUUGAGUACCCCUUGUACUCUUUAUCAAUAAAGUUUUGCUGUUCAA